AUGCCGGGUUUCGUGAACAGUUUGAUGGUGAAACGUUGCCUCACCUUAGUGACGGGUCUGCUGGAGUGUCUGUGUUUCUCCGGAGUCGUUUUUGGAUGGGCUUCUAUUGUUUUUGUCCUGAAGAAGGAGGGCUACUUCAGCUCUCUGUGCGCCAACACUACAGACGCCAACACUACAGGAGUAAAUGCAACGCAGGAAUUAGAUUGCAGUGGACAGGACGAACAGUUCUCUCUUGUUUUCACCAUCGCAUCCUUUCUGUUUACUUUCCUGACGCUGCCAAAUGGUUUCCUCUUAGACCAGUUUGGUACAACAGUGGCUCGGCUCUUUGGAAUAUUUCUUUACACCACGGGGACCUUAAUGGUGGCCUUCUCAACUGCAGCGUUGUCCGGCCUGCUCUUCCCAGCUCUCUCCCUCCUGGCAGCGGGUGGAAACUUGUUUCUAUUGACAAACAUCCAGGUAGGAAACCUGUUCGGCUCACGUCGCUCCACCGUCAUCACUUUCUUUAACGGGGCCGUUAACUCUUCCUCAGCAAUCUUCCUUGUCAUCAAGCUGUUAGAUGAAGCUGGCGUCUUUCUCCUUCCCUCCUUCCUCUUCCUGUCCGCCUGCAGUGUCAUUCACCUGCUCAGGACUUUCUUCCUGCUCCCCAGAGACCACAUUCCCUACCCGCUGCCUGAUGACUACACAUAUGGGAUAACCUGCGGCAAAUCAAAGAGUCUGAGCUUAGAGCACAUAACAGCGAAUGGUACCUCACAGACGACGGCAGAGGAAGUCGAGGACGUCCCUGUGAAACAAGAGAAGAGUUUCCGUGAGUGUUUGAUGUCCAGGCUCUUUGUGUGGCACACGGUUUGGCUUUCGGUGAUGCUGCUCAGACAUUACCUCUUCAUGGGCACUCUCAACCCCAUGCUGCUGCGUCUGACGGCUGGAGAGCCUUCACUGGUGAACCAGUACACCAAUGCCUUUGCUAUAACACAGCUGUGUGGCAUCUUGUGUGCUCCCUGGAACGGUCUCAUCAUAGACAGACUAAAGGGCAAACCUCGUGCUGAAGGAGAGAGUGAACAGGAAGCAGAUCUGCGCGCCUCUGUGCUUUCUCUCUUCGUGACGGUGCUGCAGUGUGUGUUGUUCUCAGUUUGUGCGUGCAUCCCGUACCUGCCACUUCAGUACUUCACCUUCGUCCUGCAGGUCAUCAACCGCUCCUUCCUCUUUGGUGGCAACGCAGCCUUCGUCAGUGUGGCUUUCCCGUCGUGUCACUUUGGGAAGGUUUAUGGUGUAGUCGUGGCUCUGUCUGCAGUGUUUUCUCUGCUGCAGUAUGCCUGCUUUGCCCUGGUGAAUGGACCUCUGGAUGGAGACCCUUUAUAUGUGAACAUCGGUCUGACGCUGCUCAGCCUGCUCGCCUUCAUCCAUCCCCUCUCUGUCUUCUUGCACUGUCGAAGUCUGGCCUCCCAGCGAGCCAUCAAUGCCUCCUCUUAAAGUUCAGCUUGUUUGAUUAAAAGUGC